AUGGGUUGUAUUUGUAGUAAAGCUGAUGUGGACGAAAAUAUUGCAAGAACACGUAAAACUAUUCCAGGUGUUGGUUUGAUAUCACCACCACCUCAUCAUGAUAUUUAUUCAAUUGAAGAUUUAAAACAAUUAAUUUAUGAUUUGAAAUGUUCAAAUCCUCGUGCUAGAGUUUCUGUUAAAUUGGUAUCUGAAGUUGGUGUUGGUAUUGUAGCUUCUGGUGUUGCAAAAGCUAAAGCUGAUCAUAUUUUGAUUUCUGGUCAUGAUGGUGGUACAGGUGCUUCGAAAUGGACAAGUAUAAAGUAUGCAGGUUUACCAUGGGAAUUAGGUCUUGCAGAAACUCAUCAAACUUUAGUCUUGAAUGAUCUUCGUGGUCGUGUAGUUGUUCAAACAGAUGGUCAAAUCAAAACAGGUCGUGAUGUGGCAAUUGCAUGUUUGUUAGGUGCUGAAGAAUGGGGUUUUGCUACUACUCCAUUAAUUGUUAUGGGUUGUAUAAUGAUGAGAAAAUGUCAUUUGAACACAUGUCCAGUUGGUAUUGCAACACAAGAUCAAGAAUUAAGAAAGAAAUUUGAAGGUCAACCUGAGCAUGUAAUAAAUUUCUUUUAUUUUGUUGCUGAAGAAUGUCGUCAAGUCAUGGCAAAACUUGGUUUCCGUACAAUAAAUGAAAUGGUCGGACGUACAGAUAAAUUGAAGAUGAAUGAUUCAAUUAAAAAUCCAAAAACUGAAAAUAUUGAUUUAACUCCAAUCUUAACACCAGCUUAUACACUAAAACCUGGUGUGGCAACUUACAAUGUGCGGAAACAAGACCAUAAACUUUAUGUUCGUCUGGACAAUAAACUAAUUGACGAGGCAGAACCUGCAAUAAGUAAAAAGCAACGUGUGAACAUUGAUUGUAAACUAGUUAAUACUGACCGUGCUCUUGGAACUACAUUAUCUCAUAAUAUUUCAAAAUACCAUGGCGAAGCUGGUUUACCAGAUGAUACGAUUCAUGUUAAACUCGAUGGUUCUGCAGGGCAAUCAUUUGGUGCAUUCUUGGCUCCUGGUGUCACAUUGGAAUUGGAAGGUGAUGCGAAUGAUUAUGUCGGUAAAGGUUUAUCUGGUGGAAGAGUAGUUGUUUAUCCACCAAAAGUUUCAAAAUUCAAGUCAGAAGAAAAUAUUAUCGUUGGGAAUGUAUGUUUAUACGGAGCAACAUCUGGUCAAGCAUUUUUUCGUGGUAUUGCAGCUGAACGUUUUUGUGUACGUAAUUCUGGUGCUGUAGCAGUUGUUGAAGGAGUGGGUGAUCAUGGAUGUGAGUAUAUGACAGGUGGUUAUGUUGUUAUUUUAGGACAGACUGGACGUAAUUUUGCUGCUGGUAUGAGUGGUGGAAUAGCAUAUGUACUUGAUGAGAGUAAUACACAAGAGUUUAAGAGUAAAUGUAAUCUUGAAAUGGUUGCAUUGGAGACUGUUAACGAUUCGGAAGAAAUAACUCGUUUACGUGACUUGAUACAACAACAUCGUCAUUAUACUGGUUCCGAGUUAGCUGAUCGUAUAUUGAAAAAUUUCAAUAAUUUCUUACCAAAGUUUGUUAAAGUUAUGCCAUUGGAAUACACAAGAGUCUUAUUGGAGAAGAAGCAGAAGCAAGAAGCAGAAAAAUUAAAAGACCAACAAAGCGUUAUUAAAAGUACUGCUGCUGGUAGUAAAUCUGUUGAACCUUCGGUCGUUGAUAUUGAAGAUUCUAUGGUUGAUGAAGAAAUUGCCAAGAAAAGACUUGCGAAACUUGAUAAAGUUCGUGGUUUUAUGAAAUAUAAAAGAAAAGUCGACAAUUAUCGUAAUCCUCGUAAACGUGUUAAAGAUUGGAAAGAGAUAAAUGCACGUUUAAGUGAUGCAGAACUUAAAGUACAAACAGCUCGUUGUAUGGAUUGUGGUGUACCAUUCUGUCAAUCUGAUUCAGGAUGUCCAAUUGGUAAUAUCAUACCAAAAUGGAAUGAUCUUGUAUUUAAGGAUCAAUGGAAAGAUGCUUUAAAUCGUUUAUUAAUGACUAAUAAUUUCCCGGAAUUUACCGGAAGAGUAUGUCCAGCACCUUGUGAAGGAGCAUGUGUUUUGGGAAUUACAGAGACACCUGUCAGCAUCAAAUCAAUUGAAUGUGCAAUAAUAGAUAAAGGUUUUGAAUCUGGAUGGAUUUAUCCACAACCACCAGCAAUUCGAACAGGGAAAAAAGUAGCAAUAAUUGGAUCAGGACCAGCUGGUUUAGCAGCAGCAGAUCAACUUAACAAAGCAGGACAUCUCGUUACAAUAUAUGAACGUAAUGAUAGGUUUGGUGGAUUAUUGAUGUAUGGUAUACCAAAUAUGAAACUUGAUAAAAAAAUAGUACAACGUCGUAUAGAUCUUUUAGCAGCUGAAGGAAUUAAAUUUGUGGCCAAUGCACAUGUAGGAGUUACUGUUGAUGCAGAUAAGAUUCGACGUGAAAAUGACGCAAUAAUAGUGGCUACUGGAGCAACCUGGCCAAGAGAUUUAAAACUUAUAAAUAGAAAUUUAGAAAAUAUAACUUUUGCAAUGGAAUUUUUAACAUUAUCAUCAAAAUCAUUGAUGGAUUCAGACCUUUCAAAUGGUCAAUAUAUUAGUGCAAAAGAUAAAAAUGUUAUUGUAAUAGGUGGUGGCGACACUGGUACAGAUUGUAUAGCGACAUCAUUAAGACAUGGAGCAAAAUCAAUAGUAAAUUUUGAAUUAUUACCACAACCACCACCAACAAGAGCACCAGACAAUCCAUGGCCGACAUUUCCACGUACUUUCAAAGUUGAUUACGGACAUGCAGAAUGUCAAGUACAUUAUGGCAAUGAUCCAAGGCAGUAUAAUAUAUUAUCGAAAAGUUUUGUCAGUGAUGGUAAUGGAAAAGUGGCAGGCAUAAAUACAAUUCGUGUUGAAUGGACUAAAGAUGCAACAGGACGUUGGAGUAUGAAAGAAAAACCAGGAUCAGAACAAUUCUUCCCAGCAGAUCUUGUGUUAUUAGCAAUGGGAUUUUUAGGACCCGAAGAAAAAUUAAUUAAUAGUUUAGGAUUGAAAACAGAUUCUAGAACCAAUAUAGAAACUCCAAAAGGAAAAUAUACUACAGCAGUACCUGGAAUUUUUGCUGCAGGUGAUUGUCGACGCGGCCAAAGUUUAAUAGUGUGGGGUAUUAAUGAAGGCAGACAAGCAGCCAGAGAAGUUGAUCAAUAUCUUAUGGGUGGUGAUAGUAAAUUACCAAUAUCAGGUGGUAUUCAACAUCGUACAAUGGAAAAUUUAUCGCUACCACGAAAUAUGUUGGUCAAAGUCACGAGAGAUCCAAAUAAUGUGCCUACGCACAAAAGAGCCACGAGAGAUCUCGGUAAUGUGCCUACACGAAAAAAGCCACGAGAUCCCGGGCAUGUGUCUACACGAUCGACUAUGAAAAAAAACCACAUGAAAUUUCAGAAUUGUCAACAACCCCAAGAAAUCACAGAAUCUUUUCCAAAUAUUAAUAUAAACAACAACCCAGAAUCUUAA